GUACCACAAUCAUCAAAAUUAACAAAAUGCCACUCCAAACUGAACGUAUUCCAUUUGCCAAUGCACCAGCAACCGCUGCUGACACCAAGUCUGAUGGUAUUCCAAGGCUUGGAUACGGAUGUUGGAACCUUCCAAACGAACAAGCUGCUGACCUUGUCUAUGGUGCUCUUGAGGCUGGUUACCGUCAUAUCGACAGUGCAGCUAUUUACGGUAACGAAAAAGAAGUCGGUGAGGGUAUCAACAGAUGGCUUAAGGCCACUGGUACUCCGCGCUCUGAAAUCUUCGUCACUUCAAAGCUUUGGUUAAACUCUAAGAGGGCAGAAAAUGUCGCAAGAGGUCUCACCAAAACCCUUGAUGACUUGAAAUUGGAGUAUCUCGACUUGUACUUAAUUCAUUGGCCUGGUAGUCUUGAAGCUGGUCAAAACUUUGACGGUUCUGCUGCCAUUCCACAAGAUGACAAAGGCUUCCCAAUCAGAGACUACGGUGCAGAUGAGGAGGAUACUUGGGCAGCUUUGGAAGCUCAAAUUCCACAAAAAGUUAAGAACAUCGGUAUCGCAAACUACACCAAAUCAGAAAUCGAGGACCUCCUUAAGUAUGCUAAGAUUAAACCAUCAUCCCUCCAAGUUGAAUGUCACGUUUACCUUCAACAAAAAGACUUGGUUGCAUUUGCUCAAUCUAAAGGUAUCCAAGUUACAGCUUACAGUCCAUUUGGUGGUCUGAACCCAACUUACGGUGGUACAACUGAAGUCGUUUCAGACCCACUUGUCCAAUCACUUGCAACUAAGCACAACACCACUCCACAUGGUAUCGUACUCUCAUUCCUCAUUUCCAGAAACAUAGUACCGAUUCCAAAGUCAGUCACCAAAUACAAGGAAAACUUUGAUUCAAUUGUUAAAUUAGAUGCUGAUGAUGUUAAAGCUCUCGAAGGAGCAGACAAGGGCAAGAGAUACAAUGAUUGUUCUGAAAUGUUGGGUUACAUCUUCUUCAAGGACGAGAAGUCUUCAGAACAAAUCUUGACUCAAAUCGCUAAAGCUGGUUUAACGCGCGCUCAAGCAAAAGUUGAACACUUAGUUGGAAAAUAAGUGCAAAUUUGACAUGUCUUGAUGUACGAUUAGAAUAUGAUACUUAUGUUGUUUUGCAUGUGUUAACUAUGAAAGGUUUUUGUUUAUAUGCGUGUUUUAUCUCUAUUGUGUGAUCAUAGGUGAUCAUAUGUAAUAUCGAACAUGAUCGGUAAACGGAGUAAAAUAGUAAGCUAGUAACCUUUCUGGGUUAUAGAAGUUUGAAUACACCAUUAAUGUAAGCUGUUUAUGAAUGUAUGAAAUGUUAUCG